GUGCUUCUAGGCUGGCGGGUCUCUAGGAGAAGAUGGCGGUGGUGGCGGCCGAGGUGGGAGACAAAUACGAUGGCCUGGCUAGCACCAUGAAGGUCUUCUGUGGGCGAGCGAAUCCAACAACAGGCUCUGUGGAGUGGUUGGAGGAAGAUGAGCACUAUGAUUAUCACCAAGAGAUUGCAAGAUCAUCAUAUGCAGACAUGUUGCAUGAUAAAGACAGAAAUGUAAAGUAUUAUCAGGGCAUUCGGGCUGCUGUGAAGAGAGUGAAAGAAAAAGGACAGAAGGCAAUAGUUUUGGACAUCGGAACUGGCACAGGACUUCUGUCAAUGAUGGCAGUUAGUGCUGGGGCUGAUUUCUGUUAUGCUAUUGAGGUUUUCAAACCUAUGGCUGAUGCUGCUGUGAAGAUUGUGGAGAAAAAUGGUUUCAGUGAUAAAAUUAAGAUCAUUAAUAAACAUUCUACUGAAGUCAGCGUGGGGCCAGAUGGUGACAUGCAGUGUUAUGCAAACAUCCUGGUCACUGAGCUGUUCGAUACAGAGCUGAUAGGGGAAGGUGCCUUGCCCUCCUAUGAGCAUGCCCAUAAGAAUCUUGUAGAGGAAAAUUGUGAGGCAGUGCCUCACAGGGCAACCGUCUAUGCGCAGCUGGUGGAGUCGAAAAGAAUGUGGUCCUGGAAUAAGUUGUUUCCCAUUCAUAUUCAGACAGACAGUGUUGAGAAAAUUAUUGUUGCCCCCUCAGAAAUGGAGAAUUGCCCUGGGGCUCCAUCAGUCUAUGAUAUUCAGCUGAACCAGAUGCCAUCGGGGGACUUUACUGUCCUAAGUAAUGUACUGACAAUGUUUAGUGUGGACUUCAGCAAACAAGUGUAUAGCUCACCAGCCUAUCACACUAUGGAGUUUGAGCCGUUGGUGUCUGGCAGAGCACAGGUGGUCUUGUCAUGGUGGGAUAUUGAUAUGGAUCCUGGUGGGAAAAUAAAGUGCAGUAUGGCACCUUACUGGGUACAGUCUGACCCUAAAAAUAUCCAGUGGCGAGAUCAUUGGAUGCAGUGUGUCUAUUUUCUGCCAAAUGAGGAGCAAGUGGUCCAAGGGAAAUCUCUCUAUCUAACUGCUCACCGUGAUGAUUAUUGUGUAUGGUACAACCUUCAUAAAACCAGUCCUCCAAAGAAUGAGAAAAGCAAGAGUAACUUCUAUGGAGAACGUCCAAUUUGUGAAUGUCAAGCUCAUUUGCUCUGGAACCGGCCACGAUUUGGAGAAUUAAAUGACCAGAACAGAACAGAACAGUACAUCCAAGCACUGAAGAAGGUAUUGAAAGCAGAUAGUGUUUGUCUUUGCAUCAGUGACGGCAGCCUGCUUCCAAUACUGGCUCACUGUGUGGGUGUAGAACAGGUAUUUACAAUGGAGAACUCAGCAGUGUCACACAGACUGAUGAAAAAAAUAUUUAAGGUUAAUCACCUAGAAGAUAAAAUCAGCAUAAUAGAGAAGCGUCCUGAAUUACUCACCUCUGCAGAUUUAGGUGAUAGAAAGAUCUCUGUUCUCCUUGGGGAGCCUUUUUUCACCACAAGUCUUUUGCCAUGGCACAAUCUGUACUUCUGGUACGCAAGGACAGCUGUGACUAAACACCUCGCUGACAAUAUCACAAUAUUGCCACAAGCUGCCUCUUUGCACAUGGUGGUUGUUGAGUUCAAGGACCUGUGGCGGAUCCGGAGCCCUUGUGGAAACUGUGAAGGGUUUGAUGUCCACAUUAUGGAUGAUAUGAUUAAGCACUCUCUGGACUUCAGGGAAUCCCAGGAAGCAGAGCCUCACCCCCUGUGGGAAUACUCAAGCAGAUGCUUGUCGGAGCCCCGGCAGGUCCUGACCUUCGACUUCUGCAGGCCUGUCCCUCAGCAGCCGCUGAGUGCCCAGGGCUCCAUCAGCCCUCAGAGGCCCGGAAGGAGCCACGGGGUGGUCCUGUGGAUGGAGUACCACCUGACCGGCGAGAGCUCGAUCAGCACAGGACUCGUUCAGACGCCCAACGCCCAGGGUGAGUGUUCCUGGAAUCCCCACUGUAAACAGGCUGUUUAUUUCUUUAAUUCGACUUUGGAAGCAAAAACUCAAGAUAGUUCCCAGACUGUCACGUAUGCCCUUGAGUUUAACCCAAAGGUGGGUGACAUUUCCAUGGAUUUCAGGCUUGUAGGCUAAAAGUAUCUGCUGUCUUGGACUUUUUCAGUUAUAAAGAAAUAAAAGUGUAACGAGAACUGU